AUGACCAACCAGUUGAAGGCCCUCAGCGGUGUACCUAAUCUAAAAGGAAAGAUUGCCGUUGUGACGGGCGGCAACAGCGAUAUUGGUCGCGAAAUAGCAAGGCUUCUCGCCCAGAAGAGCACAAAAGUCUACAUCACCACACGCUCUGAAACAACAGCCAUCAAGUCACGCAAUCAAAUCUUGGACGCCCAUCCCGAAAUCGACCCCGAGAAUCUGCAGUGGAUGACAAUGGAUGUCACCGACAUGCGUAGUGUAACUUCGACAGCGGACAUGCUCAAGGAGAAGGAGCGCAAAGUCGACAUACUGAUUCACACCGCUGCCGCAGGAACAACUUCCACGGAACUGGUUGGCCCGGGAUGGGAGGUCCAUAUGGCUACCAAUUUCAUCGGCCCCUUCCUCUUUACAAAUCGCAUGCUCCCGCUACUCAAGAGCGCCCUCUAG